CGAGCCCACGGAGUCCUGGCUCCCCUCCCUCCCGAGUAUUUUCCGAGGGAGUGUGUAGGCCUGGGGCUUGUCCCGGAAGGAAGAAACAGCUGUGGGGACCGGCUGCUUCUGCGAAGGGGCCUGAUCCUCGCCUCCAUGUCCGGGGUCUUUGAGCUGCAGCCGCUGGACGGCGGCGCCCGGGUCGCCCUGGGGCCCGGAGAGACGGUGAUCGGCCGCGGCCCGCUGCUGGGAAUAACAGACAAGAGAGUGUCCAGAAGACAUGCCGUUCUUGAGGUGGUGGGUGGUCAGCUUCGAAUCAAACCGAUACACACCAGUCCAUGUUUUUAUCAGUCUUCUGAGAAGAGCCAGUUCUUACCAUUAAAGACAAAUCUUUGGCACUGGUUGAAUCCUGGAGAUAGUUUUUCUUUAUUAGUUGACAAAUAUGCUUUCCGUGUUAUCUCUACAUAUUCCGAAACAGAAUUGGACUCUACUUUAAGAAACAGCCAAGUGCUCGAUGCAGAUGACAUGCUGAAUGAAACACCAGAAUCGUCCUCGAUGAAUUUGCCUGAUGAGAAAAGUGGUGCCCCACAGCUGGAAAGAAGCGCAGAGUCUUUCCUAGGUGAAUGUUCAGACUUCAGGAAGCAGCAGUUAAACCCUGCCCAGAGGAAAAGAAUCCUUCCAGCGUGGAUGUUAACAGAAAAUCUAGAUAAUGUAGUCCGGGAAAGUGGGAGAGGAGUCUGCAAAGAUAAAACCCAAGUAAACAUAACACAACAAGGAAGAAAGCGAUUAAUUUCACCGGGAAGCUCAGAAAGUACGUCUGCAGAGCAAGAUGCAGGAAAAAAGUGCAAAAAUGCUGAUCAGGAAGAGUCUAUCGUUUCAUCCAAGCAAAUACCACAAUCACUUUCUACGAUCACAUUAAGUAACACAGAUAUGAAUAACAUGAAGACUUCUGCACAGAGAAACAAAAUCCCAACAGAGGAACUUGGUAAAGUUCCUGAACAUAAAAUCAUCACGAAAGGAACACUCAGUAAAGAAGCUGUGAGUCGUCCGGAGAGCUCUUCGGGUGCCCAAGGCCCGUCCUGCCGUGGCGAGUCUCGAGGUUCUCAUCCUGAGUGCAGCUCUGGCCCUGCCGACCCUGAGACUUUGCGUACAAAGGCGGCUGAUUCAGUUCCACAGGGUUCUGAAGAAAACAAGGUCAAGAGGACAUCCUGCAUGUAUGGGGCAAACUGCUACAGGAAGAAUCCUGUCCAUUUUCAACAUUUCAGUCACCCCGGUGAUAGUGAUUAUGGACAUGUGCAAGCCACGCAUCAGGAUGAGGCUGAUGACCGGCCUGAAUGUCCUUAUGGAGAAUCUUGUUACAGGAAGAAUCCUCAGCACAAGGUAGAAUACAAACACAGUACACUUCCAGGCAGAAGCAUUGCAGAGGAAGAUGAUGAGCACAGCCUGAACGACAGCUUCAUAGAUGAUGAGGAAGAAGAAUAUGAGCCAACAGAUGAAGACUCUGACUGGGAGCCUGGAAAGGAUGAAGAAAAGGAAGAUGUGGAAGAGCUUUUGAAAGAAGCAAAAACAUUUAUGAAAAGAAAAAAGUAACUGUUUUCUGCAAUAAUACAUGGCUCAUGUUUACUCUUUCUUUACGGAAAAACAUUUAAGAACUAAGGAGGCACUUCAGCAAUAAUUGUUUUCCUUUCGAUAGUUAAGACCUUUCUAUUGGCCCAUUGCAAAUGAAACACUGAAAUGUCAGCCCUCGGUGUAGUGCGUGGAAUGUGUGUUGCCACCUGGCUUUUUCUAUCCUAUUUAAAGCAUCUAGAAAUGGAAAGUAGUCAGAGUUAAAGAGAAGUCAUUGGUAUUUUUCACGUACUUUGUCUGUUGGUUAUAAAAAGCCAUAGGUCGCACAAAACUUUGGUCUUUUCUUUUUCUGCUUUCCAAAAAUUCUGUCUUUAUUGAAAACUAUGCAAGUAUAAGCAGGCAGAUUACCUCAUGGGUGGAAAAGCAGGCCUCUUUUCAGUGCUAUUGCAGUAAUUCUUCAAGCAGAACCAGGCCUUAAAAGAUGACAGCCAUCAUAUAAUAGCUCUUAUUUUUCUAGUAUCCUAGAUACAAGCUUUGCAUUUCAUUUAAUACUUUUACUCUUUGAAACCUGGGGAAAUCGGUACCAAAUGGGUACCAAAAAUAGAUUCAAUAAGACUAUAGAAGAGAAAUGUUUCCCACAGAGGGAAUGAUAUUCUGUGCCCCACAAAACAAAUCUGACCAGUGUGGAAUUUUAAACUAUUUUGAACAGAUUAAAAGCAUCCUUCUAAACAGAAGAAAAAGGUUGAAAUUGUAAACUGUAUAGACAUAAGGAACAGUGAGAGUAUUAUGUUACAAACCAAGUAAGACGUACUUGAAGGAGGAUAAUACUAUAUAGUCUUAAAUGUAUUGUAUAGAUUAGGAAAAAGACUACAGAUAAAUGAACUAAGUAUUUAACUCAAGAAGCUAGACAAAAACAUCAAAACGCACCCAAGAGAAACAGGAAAGAACAAAAUUUUGAAAUAAAAUAUUUUUAAAAGCAGUAGACCUGAUCAAGACAAAAAUAGAUUAUUUUACAUCAUUGACAGAAUAAAUACUUUUUAAAAAGACAUAUUAGAAAUGAAAAAGAUUAGAACUAUAAAUCCAGUGUAAGGGGAUAUGUACAACUUCAUGUCAAUGAUUUUGUAAAUCUAGAUAAAUGUAUGACUUCCCAUAAAAAUAUAAUUUACCAAAAUGUACUUUAAAAUAUGUUUUUAAAGUCUGCAUAGAUCAAUAACUAUAGAGGAAAUGGAAUGUAUUCAAAAUCUGCUCUCACUAGGUACUAGACGCUGAGUAUUACACGUGAUACAUUAAAAAUUUAAAAGUUGUGAGAGACUUGCAUAAAUGGAGAUGCGCAGUGUAUUUCUAGGUAGAACAAUGCAGUGCUGAAGUACAUGUUAACUGGCUUGACUGCAGUGAUCACUUCACAAUGUGUACAUAUCAAAUUUUCACAUUAUGUACCCUAAAUAUGUAUAAUUUUAUUUAUAAAUUACGAUAUAGUAAAAAAAGAAAGAUAAAUUCUCCUUA